CUCUCUUCGAGAAGCCACCAAGAAUCACUCAAACAAAAACCCCGAUCACCGGCCCUCAGGCCCUCAAACCCCAGCAAUACUACCAAAAUGGCCAGCCCUUUAACAGCCACCCCCUCCCGCACCGCCACCCUCCUCAGCAACCUCACCACCGUCUCCCUCCGCAUCACCACCGCCGCCAGCACCACCUCCUCCCAACCCAGAGAACCGCGCCUCGUGGCCGUCUCCAAACUCAAACCCGCCUCCGACAUCCUCGCCCUGCACACGGCGCCCCCCACCGGCGCCGGCCACCAGCACUUCGGCGAGAACUACCAACAAGAGCUCCUCGAGAAAUCGCGGCUCCUGCCGGGGAGUAUCAAAUGGCACUUUAUCGGCGGCCUGCAGUCGAACAAAUGCGUGACGCUGGCGCGGGAGGUGCGCGGCCUGUGGGCCGUCGAGAGCGUGGACAGCAAGAAGAAAGCCGGGCUCCUGAACCGGGGGUGGGGCGAGCGGGCGCCGGCGCUGCGGGCGGAGGACCAUGAGGAGCGGUUGCGCGUGUUCGUGCAGGUCAAUACCUCCGGCGAGGUGGAGAAGUCCGGAGUGGAGCCCGGCAGUGAGGCGGUCGAGCUUUGUCGGUACAUUCGGGAGGAGUGUCCGCGCCUGAAGUUGGCGGGGGUGAUGACUAUUGGGGCGAUUGCGAGGAGUCGGGCCGUUAAGGCGGGGGAGGAGAAUGUGGAUUUUGUGGAGUUGACCCGGGUAAGGGAUGAGGUUGUACAGGUGUUGGGGUUGCAAAAGGAAGGGUUGGAGUUGAGUAUGGGGAUGAGUGAGGAUUUUGAGGGGGCGAUAAGGCUGGGUAGUGAUCAGGUGCGCGUGGGGACGGGGAUCUUUGGCGAGAGGCCGCCCAGGGAGGAGGCGAGGGUUGUUUAGCG